AUGAGAUCUCUUCUCUUUAUACUAUCACUCAUUUGCUUCUACUCCCAGACAUCAUUUUCAUGGAAGAAGGAGGAGUUUCGCAGCUGCGACCAGACUCCAUUCUGCAAACGCGCUCGAUCCCGUUCUCCCGGCGCGUGUUCUCUCAUCGCAAGCGAUGUUUCCAUCGCCGACGGAGAUCUAUUAGCGAAGCUCCUUCCGAAAAUCGCUAACCAAAGCGACGAGGAUCAGAUCAAGCCGUUGGUACUCUCUCUCUCCGUUUACACCGACGGGAUCGUGCGGCUCAGGAUCGAUGAGGAUCAUACGCUGAAUCCGCCGAAGAAGAGAUUCAGAGUUCCAGACGUUGUAGUCUCCGAUUUCGAUGAGAAGAAGAUCUGGCUUCAGAAAGUAGCCACGGAGACGAUCGCCGGAGACGCUACUCCGUCUUCAGUAGUCUACGUAUCCGAUGGAUACGAGGCGGUGGUGCGUCACGAGCCGUUUGAGGUCUUUGUCCGCGAGAAAUCAGGCGAGCGCCGUCGUGUAGUGUCGUUGAACUCUCAUGGCUUAUUUGAUUUUGAGCAGCUGAGGAAGAAAGCUGAGGGAGAUAACUGGGAAGAGAAGUUUAGGACUCAUACAGAUUCGAGACCGUAUGGUUCUCAGUCUAUUAGCUUUGACGUUUCGUUUUAUGAUUCAAGUUUCGUUUAUGGGAUACCUGAACACGCCACUAGCUUCGCCUUGAAGCCUACCAAGGGUCCUGGAGUCGAGGAGUCUGAGCCUUACAGGCUAUUUAAUCUUGAUGUCUUUGAAUACGAUCACGAAUCACCGUUUGGGCUUUACGGAUCGAUCCCAUUCAUGGUUUCACAUGGAAAAUCUGGUAAAACUUCGGGAUUUUUCUGGUUGAAUGCUGCGGAGAUGCAGAUUGAUGUUUUGGCUAAUGGAUGGGAUGCAGAGAGUGGUAUUGCAUUGCCUUCUAGUGAGAGUAGGAUUGAUACGUUGUGGAUGAGCGAGGCGGGGAUUGUGGAUACAUUCUUUUUCGUAGGGCCUGGGCCUAAGGAUGUUGUGAAGCAGUAUGCUAGUGUGACUGGUACUUCAGCGAUGCCUCAGUUGUUUGCUACUGGUUAUCACCAGUGUAGGUGGAACUACAAGGAUGAGGAGGAUGUGGCUCAGGUGGACUCGAAAUUCGACGAGCAUGACAUUCCUUAUGAUGUUCUCUGGCUUGACAUCGAGCAUACAGAUGGGAAGAGAUACUUUACGUGGGACAGUGCGUUGUUUCCGAAUCCAGAGGAGAUGCAAAAGAAACUGGCUGCAAAGGGUAGGCGGAUGGUCACCAUUGUGGAUCCUCAUAUCAAGAGGGAUGACUCGUACUUUUUGCAUAAGGAGGCUACUCAGAUGGGAUACUAUGUUAAGGAUUCAUCUGGAAAAGACUUUGAUGGUUGGUGCUGGCCUGGUUCAUCAUCUUACAUUGAUAUGUUGAGUCCAGAGAUUAGAGAAUGGUGGGGUGGAAGGUUCUCGUAUAAGAACUAUGUUGGUUCAACUCCGUCGUUGUACAUAUGGAAUGACAUGAAUGAGCCUUCCGUAUUUAAUGGUCCAGAGGUUACUAUGCCAAGGGAUGCAUUACAUGUUGGUGGUGUUGAACACAGGGAAGUUCAUAACGCUUAUGGAUAUUACUUUCACAUGGCAACUUCCGAUGGACUUGUUAUACGUGAAGAAGGAAAAGAUAGGCCAUUUGUAUUGUCAAGAGCAAUCUUUCCUGGUACUCAAAGAUACGGAGCAAUAUGGACUGGAGAUAACACAGCCGAAUGGGAACACCUUAGAGUCUCUAUUCCAAUGUUAUUGACACUUGGUCUAACUGGAAUCACAUUCUCAGGAGCUGAUGUUGGUGGGUUCUUUGGAAAUCCUGAGCCAGAACUACUGGUUAGGUGGUACCAAGUCGGUGCUUACUAUCCAUUUUUCAGGGGUCAUGCUCAUCAUGACACCAAAAGACGAGAGCCUUGGUUGUUUGGUGAACGGAAUACAGAACUCAUGAGAGAUGCCAUACACACUCGAUACACGCUGCUCCCAUACUUUUACACAUUAUUUAGAGAAGCAAAUGUUACGGGUGUGCCUGUUGUACGUCCGUUAUGGAUGGAAUUCCCACAAGAUGAAGCUACUUUUAGCAACGAUGAAGCCUUCAUGGUCGGUAAUGCUCUUUUAGUGCAAGGAGUUUACACUAAGGGAACAACACACGCUGCCGUGUAUUUGCCUGGCAAAGCAUCAUGGUAUGACCUGAGAGACGGAAAGACAUACGUUGGAGGCAAGACUUACAAGAUGGAUGCUCCGGAAGAAAGCAUUCCAGCGUUUCAAAGGGCUGGAACUAUUAUCCCGAGGAAAGACCGGUUCAGGCGAAGUUCUUCUCAAAUGGACAAUGAUCCUUAUACUUUGGUGGUAGCUUUGAACAGUACACAAGAAGCAGAUGGUGAACUCUACAUCGACGAUGGAAAAAGCUUCGAAUUCAAACGAGGCUCUUACAUCCACCGCCGCUUCCUUUUCUCCAAUGGUGUUCUUACAUCAACGAACUUAGCUCCUUCUCAAGCUAGACUCUCUUCCCAAUGUUCGAUCGACAGGAUUAUACUCUUAGGACACACCUCAGGUCCGAAGUCUGCACUGGUCGAACCUUUGAAUCAGAAGGCCGAGAUUGAGAUGGGACCAUUGCGAAUGGGUGGGCUAGUAGCUUCCUCUGGUACAAAGGUCUUGACUAUCCGCAAACCAGGUGUCCGAGUGGACCAAGAUUGGACCGUAAAGGUUCUGUGACUGAACCAUUCAUGCUCGUGGCCGGUAUGUGCUUUACCAGCGACAGAUUUGCAUAUUACCUUUCUUAAAAUAUUUUUGGAGUUUUAGACUUAGUAGUUGUAAGACCUAAGCAGAUUGAAAGUCACUUGCAUCGUUGUUUAUUUUUGAUAUAAGAGUAGCGUUUUGAUAAUUUCAUAAUGACAUGGUUUCAUACUUAAAUACACUCAUCCUAUAAAGAGUUGGGAUCAU